AUGUAUGGCCCUGAGCUUUGCGCCAGAUUUGCCUGGAAGAACACAUAUAACUUGCCAGCGUCCAGUCGGGCUCUUAAUCCCGCAGUCAGCGAGAACGCGGACUCCUACACAUGGUUUUACAUCUUCAAUUGGUUCAAUAAGGAAUUCGUCUGGAACAGUGCGGGCCUGUGGUCGUGGGAUAAGGAUCACAAGCGUGAUGUGAAUCAAACUGAAGGCGAUUUCGGAACCAAUGAUUGGGAAGAUGAUCCGGAUAACACCAUGCCGGCCAGCAAGAUCAACGAAGACGCAAUCUACCCGCAGGCUAAUUGCCAGCCUGUGGGAGGAGACCCGCUCAACCAGGACUGUGCUUAUCUCGACGAGGACUAUGAUGACUGGGUGAAGGCGCAUCCUAGCGCCACCGCUACUCUGACAGUUCAUCGAACGGAGCCUGCUCCGCCGACAAAAACAAGUACUACAUCUGUCAGCUGUACCCCCUAG